UGUCCGCAUACACAAUCCCUAUACCGGAGAUAACCGGAAAUCACAAUGGCCUCUCGUACCGGUUCCGGUUUUCUUAACCAAGAAACGAAACCAGAGAAACAUGAUGAAACGACAUGUGAUGCAAGAGAGGGCGAUGAGGAAUUGGAGGAAGAGGAGGAACUGUUUGAGAUAAACCUAGAAGAAGCCGUGGAUCCGCCGUAUGAUUGGGGGAAGUGUCCGGCCGCCGCGACGGGGAGCGUUCUUAUGGCGAACUGUUUGUUGCCGGCGGCGGAAGUCUCCGGCGCCGUUCCGACAAGAACAGCGGUGUGGACUGAGUUUGUCCGAUUUGGUGUGGGUUUCUCUGUUGAUGGGUUUAGGAUUUGACGGAGAGAGAGAGAGAGAAAGAGGUUGACCGAAUUCAUGUUGACGCAUGCAUGGGAGAUUCACGUCGUAAUUUCUUUUGUUUCGUGAGUUUUCUUGGUAUUAUAUCUACAUAUACACAUAUAUACGAUAUGAUUUAGUUUUUGUAUUUUAUUUCAAAUGAAAAACUAGACGUCGAACAUGCGUAUGCCAAUGUAAGAAUGAUACGUAUAAAUGACGAGAAUGAUAUAUAUAAAAAUAUGAUUAUAUUU